AUGACAUGCACUAUGGCUCAUGAGCAUACCCCAAACACACCAGAGUUAUGUCGAUCUGCUGAUUUGGUCGUUUCUGCCGUGGGGAAUCCAGGAAUGAUCAAAGGAGAUUGGUUGAAGCCCGGAACAACAAUCAUCGAUAUUGGAACGCGAUGUGUGAAGGACCGAAAUGGUAUUUAUGUUUUGGCUGGGGAUGUCGAUAUGGAGAGCUGUAUUGGGAUUGCAGGAGCUAUCACCCCAGUUCCUGGUGGUGUAGCUUUGCUGACUACGGCUAUGCUGAUGAAUAACACAUUGAAAGCUUUUGUUCUUCAAAAUGAUUUGGCAGUGUACUAUAACUCGUUUAGCAAUGUUGCAUUGAAUGUUAAUAAUUGCUUGUCUGUUUACAAACUAUCUGUCAAGCGUCCUUCGGAGAGUACAGAAUGGAAUGAACGAUAUUCCAGACAGAUUCGUCUUGAAGGUGUAGGAGUUGAAGGUCAAAAAAGAAUCGAACACGCAAGAGUAUUAGUAAUAGGGGCAGGUGGAUUAGGAACACCGGUAGUUCUUUAUCUGGUAGGAAGCGGAAUUGGUCAUCUCACAAUUAUCGACGACGAUGUUGUGGAACUUGGUAACAUUCAUCGUCAACUAUCUUUGCAUUUUCCAAUAAUAUCUAGGCAGAAUCGCUUCGAAUGUGUUGCAAUCGUUGAACGUUUUACAAAAGAGAAUGCCCCUAAACUCAUUGCAGAACACGAUUUCAUUGUAGAUUGUUGCGAUAACAUCGAAACCCGCUAUACUAUAAAUGAUGAAUGUGUCCGUCAAGGAAAGUGCUUCGUAUCAGGAGCCACGCAGCGCUUUUCCGGUCAGGUCACCGUCUAUGGUCACAACCAGGGUCCUUGCUUUCGCUGCUUGUAUCCUACAACCCCUGUAACUCCCGAUAGUGAGAAAUAUGGCGGAAAGUUACCUAUCUUGUCUCCGCUACCCGGGGUGGUCGGAUCAAUGGAGGCGGUUGAAGUAUUGAAGUUGAUAUUAGGAAUUGGAAAGACACUUGAGGGAAGAUUGCUUCUCUGCGCGGAAGAGUCGAAAACUGUCCAUGCGGAACAGAACCUUCUAAUCAAAAGAUUGAAGCCAAAUGAUAUUGUUAUUUUGGUUCUGGCUUGUUUAUUGGACGCACGAAUUCACCUUUUGGUUUUCUUUCAUUAUUUGAUUACCCUAUCGCAAUCUAAAGUUAUAAUGAGUUCCGUUCAAAAGUAUGUUCUUCCUGAGCUUCCCUAUGCCCGUGACGCUCUCGAGCCCUCCAUUUCUGCUGAAACCAUUGACUACCACUACGGUAAGCACCACCAGACUUAUGUGAAUAAUCUUAACAACCUCUUGCCUGAGGGAGGCGCUCCUCUGGAGGAGUUGAUCAAGACGGCCGAGGGAGGCGUUUUCAACAAUGCUGCUCAGAUCUGGAACCACACCUUCUAUUGGAAUUGCCUGUGCCACGGAGGCUGCCCCCUGGAGGAUGGCGCCCUGAAGACUGCCAUUGAGGCCAAGUGGGGCUCCUACGAUGCUUUCAUCAAGGAGUUGAGCGCGAAGACCGUGAGUUUCUUCGGCUCGGGCUGGUCCUGGUUGGUGCAGAAGGCCGACGGAUCUCUGGACAUUGUGUGCACUGCGAAUGCUGGUAAUCCUCUGCGUGACGGAAUGAAGCCUCUGCUGUGCUGCGAUGUCUGGGAGCACGCGUAUUACAUCGACUACCGAAACGCUCGCGCGAACUAUUUCAACAAGUGGCUGGAGGUUGUGAACUGGAAGUUUGUGGCUCAGAACUUUGCGUGGUGUGUUUGUUGCAAACAGAAAAAUACUCUCCAAAGACAGUGA